ACACACCCAACAACAAAAAGCGUCAUUUUAGCCCAUAGAUGAGAUAGAUGAGUGGUUCUGUCUGUAAAAAAAUAAGGUGACUUCUUUUUUUCCUACUGUUACUCCUGAAAAUGGAUUUUCGAUUUAAUUUUUUUACUGAUGAAAAUGAGAACAAUGAAGCAGACACUCAUGAUGAGACAGAGCUGAGCUCUGCAAAACACAAGCAGGCAUCCACAGAGAAGAGCAAGCAAACUGCCACUGGAAACCAUCAAGAUGAGCCACCAAAGAAAAAGUUCUGCCUUAAAGCUGCCAAGGAGCAUGAUAUUCCUGAAGAUCUUAACAAACUAUUGGAAGAUAAAGUCCUGGAAACUGUAUCAGACCUGUAUUAUGUAAAGAUGUCUGCAGUGGAAAUUACAUGUUUGAAUGGUGCUGAUGAAGAAGGCAUUGUGUCUAAAAGUGUUUCUUCUCAUUCUGAUCUCAUCCCAGGAGUCUAUGAAGGAGGACUAAAGAUCUGGGAAUGCACCUUUGAUCUCAUGGACUACCUUUCUGAGGCUGAAAUACAGGUAGCUGGCAAGACCAUAUUGGACCUUGGCUGCGGGGCUGGGCUGCUGGGAAUUGCUGCUUUAAGGGGUAAAGCUGAAAAAGUCCAUUUUCAGGACUACAACAGCACAGUGAUUGACAAAAUAACCUUGCCUAAUGCAGUGGCUAACUGUAUGAGUGAGUGCCAUGGAGAUGACAGAAAAACCAGCAAGCCUCCUUCAAAGAGGCCCAAGGCAGCGGAGUGCUUACCUGAUGCGCUCACCAAAUGCAGAUUUUUUUCUGGAGAGUGGUCUGCAGUCACCCAGCUUCUGUUAAGCAGCAGCAAACCCUUUUCAAAGUAUGAUCUAAUCCUCACAUCUGAGACCAUCUAUAAUCCUGACUACUACAGUGCUUUGCAUGACAUGCUGUCUCAGCUCCUGGAUACAAAUGGCCGCGUGUAUUUGGCAAGCAAAGUGCAUUACUUUGGGGUUGGUGGAGGUAUCUACCUCUUUGAGAAGUUUGUUGAAGAAAGAAAUGUCUUUAGGAGCAGCGUGGUUAAAACGAUUGAUAAAGGACUGCAGCGAUGUAUUCUGGAAAUGGCCUUUAAAGGUUCCAGUUAAAGCCAGUGGUCCUUCAAAAAUAUCUUAAAAUGUUAUAAUCCUCAUAUCUCUGCAUUUUCCUCUGCUGAGUUACUCUGGUUUGACAGAUUAAGGAUGCUUGCUGUUGAAGUAUUUGACAGAUCCUGAUAUCUGACUAGGAGGAUGUCUCUGAUUCUGGUUUUCCAUUAAAAGAAGGCUUUUUGCCUAAACCAGCACCUGUUUAUGCCAAUUAAUUGUCAUUGGUAUGGAUUUAAAAGUUAAGUAAGUUGCUGUCCCCAGUUCCCCUCUCUCAUUCUUUGGCAGUGCUGAAACUGUCCCUAGCACAGCCUGAACAAAAUCAUUCAGCACUCUUAAUAGUGUGCAGGAAGCAGGCC